AUGGGUAUUCAAUUCGACACUUCCCACAGAGGAGAUAUCCAGGAUGCACCCCCCGCAGAGCAAUUCCACAAUUCCCAACCAUAUUGCCGCAAUAGAUCCCAGCACGAUUAUACCCUCGGCUGCCAGAAUCCCUGCCACAGCCUGGAUGUAUCUGUGGAACCCUCAAUGUGUGAACAUCAGAGGAUGAUGGAAAAGAAGGAACAGAGUAGUGUGAUGAAAUUUUUGUUUUUGAAGGACUUGUCAACAAAGGACAUUCAUGCUGAGCUUGUAGUUAUACUGAAUACAGAGCAAGUGGUUCUGACUGCCAACACUACGAAACUGAUGAUUCGUGGCUGUCAAACACAUAUUCGGUCAGGUGCAUUUCAGCAUACUCAGGAUCUAAAGGAAAUCUGCAUGCAUAGCCUCCAUGAACUGACCCUGAAUUCUGGAUCCUUCAAUAUUCCACCAUCUGGAGGGAUAUCCAUAAACAUACUAAACACAACAAUUGCUGUCAUUUCAAAGGAUACCUUCAACCAGAAUGAUACAUAUGCCAACAUCACAUUUUCUGACUGUGUCAUUCGGAAGAUAGAGGAGAAGGCAUUCAUGGGAAGAAUGCAAAUACUUCAUUUCAAUAAUAGUGACAUCAGAAUUGCAAAGACUCAGGCCUUUUAUCAACUGACAUCAUCAAAAGUCAUCUUCUCCAACAGCUUGGUCAGCGAAUUCUACCUACACUCAUUUCAAGAAUGUGAGAUAAAUGAACUGGAUCUCAUUAAGAACAAGAUUGACAAGAUUCAUCCAGAAGCAUUUAUGCUAGAAGGCAACACUCUUCAAGCCAUCCAUAUAUUUGAAAAUAGCUUUAAGAACUUAUCCAAGCACUUCAUUGUUGCCACUCCAAGGCUGGUGGUCCGGAUACAAGAAAAUAAAUUUGAUUUGCUUGACCAAGAGGCUUUCUACAAAAUCAAGCCUAAUGAGAAUGGUGAGAAAUAUAACAAAUAUACAUUUUCCUUUGCAAACAACACUAUUGAAAGGUUUGAGAAAGGAGCACUACUUUUACAAAACAUUGAAGCAGCUCAAGUUGAUGAAACCCGCUUCUACACACCUUGUGAUUGUGAUUACAACACUUAUUUAUCCUCACUCUUUCAAGCAAGUGAUUCAAACAAGUCACUCCUACAAGACGAGUCUCCUUACUAUCACUUUUUUGGCCGGCUCUAUCACACAAGUUACUGCCUUCGUAGUAAGGAUAAAUACAAUAAAAUCCUUGACUAUGAACAUGAAGUGUGUCUCCCCAUGAUGAGAGAUGAAGAAAAACUUCUUAUCUAUCUCAUCCCAACAGUGACAGUUGCUCUUCUCAUCACCAUUAUAGUCCUGGUGGUGAUAGUGUGGAGGUAUCAUAUGAAUCAAAGAAAAAUUGUGGAAACUAUCUCAAAGAGUCUUGAAGAGGAGCCUGCAACUCCAAGAUGGAUUUUUGCCUUCCCUGAAACUCGAACUUACCAAGAGACAGAACUUAAUAUUAUCCCAGCUCCAGCGAUUAAGAUGCCUGAUCGGUCCACAGAGAAGGCAAUGGCAUCUGGUGAGCCAUUCCCUGUGUUCCAGAUACGACUCGACAAGUUGCGUAAGAAUCGAGACGGUGUCACCAACAAUGCACAUUCUGGCUCUCCCAGCAACAUACCACCUAUGUGCCUGGAUGAGGACUGGGUCAUCAAAGAGGAUGGAAUGCUUCUGUCUCUGACCACAUUCAUAUGGCAUCAUGUCUGUCUCAGCCAAAACCUCUCCAUCUAUCUCAUGAGCACCCCCAUCCAAACCAAGGACGCCCUGCGGAUUGGAGUAUCUUCCCAAAGAAUUAUCAUUCCUUCCUCCUUUACUGACACUGUGACAGAUCACUGGUACCUCAAUCUCCUGAUCAGGAGUGAUCAGGAGAAUCUGACUGGGAAAUGGGUGGGACUAGAUUCUCAGUCAUACUCAAGGAAAUGCCUGCAGCAUACUACUGAUCUCUCUGAUGUAGGCCAAGUUUCACGAUGGCUCAUCGUCAUCCAAGCAUUCCUUUCAUCAAGAUCCUUGGGGAAUGCAUGGGAAGAUAAUUUACUGCUAAUUGAUACUCACGUUCACCCAUGUAGUAGAAAUCUUCCAAUGGAUCCUCCUGAUCAAGUACUUCUUCCUCUUCAUCUUCCUGAGGAGGUGGCAAGUCAAAUUCAGGUUCUCCAGCACAUGAACGACAACAGCCACAAAUUGCACAACCUGAAUCUCCAGCUCCACACCCACAUUCCCUAUAAUCACAUGGGAUUGUUUGGUUUCUACAUACUGGAGGACAUAUUGUAUCCAGAGAACCAUCUUCUGCCCACUCUCCAUUGCCUUCAUCUACACGCUGUUCCACAAGAGGAUCUCCAGCAUCUGCCACCAUCUCAUUUCUCUGAACUGAUUCUGAAGCACAUAGAACAGUUUAUGCCUCAAUUCACGUUCAGCUUGCUCAGCAGCAAGAUCAUCACGAUCAUGCAUAUGUUGAUUCUUUCCCAGAUCAGUGGUGAUUUCACCAACUUCCGUAUAGAAUUGCACAUCAAUGUGCUUCUUCUUCCCAAACAUGAUGGCAUUCUUAAGGUGAAAAUGGGGGAAAAGUUGCGAGCAUUUGUCAUUGGUGGAACAGGUGAAGUUGGAAGAGAACUGGUAAAGCUGUUGAUACAACAUUCUGAAAAAGUGCAGACUGUCCUCAUUGGUAGAAGGAUGGUGGAGUAUGAUGAUCCAGAUUUGAAAUUGCUGGAGCAAUGUGUUGUUGAUUUUGAAAAACUGGAUGAAUAUGAAAAUGACUUCAAGUCUUUCAAUCUUGGCUUUUGCUGUCUUGGUACAACUCGUGGGAAAGCAGGUGCUGAUGGAUUUUUUAAGGUUGACCAUGAUUAUGUUCUCAACUCUGCCAAACUUGCCAAAGCUGGAGGUUGUGAGCAUUUCCUAUUGGUUUCCUCUUGGGGUGCAAACAGCAAGUCCACAUUUUUGUAUCCUCGAACAAAAGGUUUGGUUGAGGAGCACCUAAAAGAACUCAAGUUCAAAUGCCUCUCAAUAUUCCGUCCUGGGAUGCUGAUGUGUGAUAGGAAGGAAUCAAGGCCAUUUGAAAAGAUUGCUCGAGGCCUUUCCAAUGUGCUUGAUCGUGGGAAUUGGUGGAGUGUGAAGACUAGUGAUGUUGCACAGGCAAUGGUGAAGGAAGCCCUGUUGUCAAAUGCUGAAGAUAUGGCUCACAAUAUGAUCAACUACUGGAUCAUAUGCUUUGUAUUAGGAUCAUUUGCAUAUGAGUGCCAUUGUCAUUCAAUAUAUGGGGGAUUUCACAAUCCUAAUGAACAUGAAGUGGGGUUUGUCCAGGAUGAACUCGCAGCUUGGGCUGAAACUGCAUUGAAUGAGAUGAGCAAUGAAGUGAACCUCUUGAAGCUCAUAGAUGUGCUUGACUCUCAAGUUCAGGUGGUAUCUGGGAGGAACAUACAUCUAAAGCUGAAGGUAGCUUACACUGACUGCCCAAAACAUCAAUCUCAGAAUGGUUGCAAUCUUGACUUGAAUAAGGGCACGCAGAUUUGUGAUGUCAUCAUUUGGGAACGUGUCUGGCUCAACAGCAGAAAGUUGACCCAUGCCAAUUGCUCUCAGACUGUGGAGUAUGAGCAAGAACUUCAUGCCCAGAUUGAGUUUAAGAAGUUUCUUCGUAGAUAUGGCAAGAAGUAUGGAAAAAAUCAAGAGAAAGAGACACGUUUCAGAAUUUUCAAAGAAAAUCUUAAGAAGAUUGAAUUGCUACGCAAGUUUGAGCAAGGGACUGCUCAAUAUGGCCCAACCCAAUUUGCUGACCUCACUGAUGAAGAAUUCAAGAGAUUUUUGGGAUUGAGAACUGACAUGAGAGGAGAAGCACUACCUGAUGCUGAAAUCCCCAAAGUAGAUCUCCCCGAUUCCUUUGACUGGCGUGACCAUGGAGCAGUGACCCCAGUGAAGAAUCAAGGAAUGUGUGGUUCGUGUUGGGCUUUCUCCGUGACUGGUAAUAUUGAAGGACAAUAUGCAGUACACAAUGGAUCUUUGAUAUCAUUAUCUGAGCAAGAACUUGUUGAUUGCGACAACCUGGAUGAUGGUUGUCAAGGGGGCCUACCUUCCAAUGCCUACAGAGCCAUCAUGAAUCUUGGAGGUCUGGAAACGGAGUCUGAGUACCCUUAUGAAGGGCAUGGUGACAAGUGUCAUUUCAAUAAGUCAGAGGCAGCAGUGAACAUCAGAGGUGCAGUGAAUAUCUCCCAAGAUGAAACACAAAUGGCCCAGUGGCUGGUGAAAAAUGGCCCCAUCUCUAUAGGCAUCAAUGCAAAUGCCAUGCAGUUUUAUUUUGGAGGUAUUUCCCAUCCUUGGAAGUUCCUAUGCAGCUCUGGAGGCAUUGAUCAUGGUGUUCUCAUUGUUGGUUUUGGAGUCCACCACUAUAGCUUAUUCAAUCGAUCAAUCCCCUUCUGGAUUGUGAAAAAUAGCUGGGGUACAGGUUGGGGAGAGCAAGGAUAUUACCGAGUCUACAGAGGUGAUGGCACGUGUGGCAUCAACCAAAUGGCAUCCUCUGCCGAGGUUUAG